AUGGUUGGGAAGGAUUACUUGAAAGAAGAGGAGUAUUGCGGGAGAGCUGUUCUUGUGAGUCCUAACGAUGGGAAUGUUCUUGCCAUGUACGCGGAGCUUGUGUGGAUGAUUCAUAAGGAUUUGUCACAACAGGGCAAGCUCUCUGAUGGACAACCUUCUAGCUUUAGUGAAUGGAUUCUUCCUGCUAAGGAGUUUGAUGGCUUAUGGGAAAGCUUGAUAUAUGAAUCUGGACUUAAGCAACGGUUACUACGUUACGCCGCAAGUGCUUUGUUGUUCACGCAGAAGGGUGUUAAUCCAAAUCUCGUUUCAUAGAACAUGUGAGUGACAUUGGAUUGUUCUUUUGCACGGACCACCAGGGACUGGCAAAACAUCUCUUUGCAAAGCAUUGGCUCAAAAGCUUUCAAUUCGGUGCAACUCCAGAUAUCCACAUUGCCAAUUGGUUAAAGUCAAUGCUCACUCUCUAUUUGGUAAAUGGUUCUCUGAAAGUGGCAAGCUUGUAUGAUACAAAAUUGUUCUUUCUUUAACUCUUGUCUUAGUUUUCCCUUUAGCAUGCAUUUUAGACAGUAGGCUGCUCCAACAAACUGGCUUUUUUUUUUUUUUUUU